UGCGAUACUGGUGAUACUAGAUGUACCAGGCGUGCUUCCAAUGGCGUUAGCGCUUCUUGUCUGUCCUUCCGGUUCAUCCGUUUACCACGUAUUCGUUUGUUUUGGUGUAUUGGUCCUCAGCUGAUAGAGAACCGAGUUGCACGACAUGGCGCUUCCGUGCUUCGAAUGUCGUAUUACACUAAUCUUCAAGCCUAAGUGAAUCGCAGUGGCCCUAUGGGCCUGAAUGCUUCUUCUCUGGCUAGAAUGUGUGACAGGCCUGCAACAGCGUCUGACGCGAGAAGGAAUAACGAGAACAGAGAGUAUGAUAGCGUGUUGCAGCUUUUGGUUAGAAGUGCAGAGACGAGUCAAGUGAGAAUCCGCUCUUCAGAAAUCCUUUUUCAGGAUGAUUCCGAUGAAGAUGGAAGCACAAGCAGUAUAUCUCGCGAUUCACUGGAUGCAGGUGGCGGUCUCAUAUCAAGAAAAUGUUAUUUUCAACUUGUUUCAGCUGUCCCCAGCCCAGACUCUACUGCUGUACAGACCAACGACUUGCACAAUAUGGUGAAGCUGCAGUCAGGGGAGCGCAAUUGGCGACGUCGGGGACCAAAGACACGCUCUAUUGCACAUGUCUUACAAGAGAGGGAGUUUGGCAUGCCGUUCAGGAAUAUUUUUUCCAAAGGUGACAAGUGCAGGAUAACUUCCAGGCUACUACCCAAUCAGAAAUCGCCUCACUCGUUGAACUACAUGAGCAAGUCAUUCUGUGGGACGUACGCUAGGAAUGGAGAUAUUUUCAUGACUGCAUGCCAAGACUGCGUAAUUCGUGUGUACGAUAGCAGCCAAGGAGGUUUCAGAGAGAUCAAGUCUGUUGCUGCAAGAGAUGUCGGAUGGAGCAUAUUGGAUAUGGCAGUCAGUCCCGAUGGUGUGUACUUUGUCUACUCGAGCUGGUCUGAAUAUUUACAUCUUUGCAAUGUUUUCGGGGAGCACGAAGUUCAUCAGGCGUUACCACUCUACCCUGAUGAUCGGCGGUUCUGCAUAUUCUCCCUUCAGUUUUCUUCUGAUGGUAGAGAAAUUCUUGGUGGUGCAAAUGAUAAAUGCCUUUAUGUAUAUGACCGUGAAGUACAUCAUCGUUCUCUCAAGAUACAAGCUCAUGAAGAUGAUGUAAACACAGUUUCAUUUGCUGACAAGACAUCGCAAAUUCUGUUUAGUGGAGGAGACGAUGGAUUAUGCAAAGUCUGGGAUAGGAGAAUGUUGAGUGAAGCACAUCCUAAGCCAGUGGGUGUGCUUGCAGGCCAUAGGAAUGGGAUUACAUAUAUAGAUUCUAAGGGAGAUGGCCGGUAUCUAAUAACAAACUCAAAGGACCAGACUAUCAAACUGUGGGACGUGAGGGCCUUUUCACAGAAAUCAGCAGUAGAAGCAACACGGAAGGCAGUUGACUCUCAAAGCUGGGACUAUAGAUGGCAACGUGUGCCAAAAAGACUGCUUGACCAUCAGAAGAACCUUCUUGGAGACACAUCACUCAUGACCUACCGUGGUCAUACGGUUCUUCAGACUCUCAUUCGUUGCCAUUUCUCCCCUGAAGCUACAACAGGGCAGCAGUAUAUCUAUACUGGAUGUGCCUCUGGUAGGGUCGUAAUGUAUGAUGUACUGACUGGUAAAGUGGUAACCACACUGAGCGGCCACAGAGGGUGUGUCAGGGAUGUAUCCUGGCACCCAUAUUUACCAGUGCUUGUCAGCACGUCGUGGGACGGUACAGUUUGUGAGUGGAUUUACAACAGUACCUGCAGCUUUACCGGCGAAGGAGUACGAUACGAGAAGGUUUGUGCUGUGCCCUUUUCAUCACUCUGGGAACGUGCCAGACGCCUUCGUUUUUAACCUGUAUAUUCAGGUGUUGCACACCGUGCUGAGACAUAUGUGAAAAAGACAAUGUUCAUGCUGUGGAUUUUCAUUUUUCCGAGUGACAGUUUAUAUCGUUUAAGUACAAAAGUCUGUGUGUCUGAAAUUUGUUACCUGUAUUUCGAGGAUAAACAAUGCAGGUGCUUACUGAUAGUAUGGUCUUAUUUGUAGAUACAUCAAUAUGUAAUGUUUGUUUGUUUUAGAUGUGCAAAAUAUUUUCAAGGAAAGUGGUGAACGUUACAGGAGAGGGUAAUUUGAAUGUGGAUGCAGAGAGUAUUUGCCUCAUUUUCCUUAAUUUGUUUGGAUUUUCAUUAUGAAUGUUGAAGCACUCUCACACAGUUAAAUAUUUCAUAUGAGAAUGCAGUCAUUAAAAUGUGUGAUGCACAUUUGUAAAUUGU